ACCACCGGACAAAAUGGUUGCAAUUUAUUUCUUACUGUCUUUAAGUAUCGCGUAUGUUUCCGCGGAGCAUACAGGAGCGUACUCAUCACCGCAGUACGCGAAGAAAAUGUAUCCUAAGAAGGGAUAUGAUACGAACGAGUUGCUGCCUCGGGAUAAACCUCCAGUGCUAUUCAAGGAAGAGCCAGAUCAGGGUUCCAUCGCCAGGUUCGACAAUAACAAUGAUACGUCCCUGUACGGGAGGUCAUCGUUCUUGGACGCUGCGGGCAGUUUCCUCAGCGGAACAGGAGGGCAAGUGGUGACCAGUAUAGCAAGGGACUUCAUCGCUCGGUCCACUGGCAGCAGUCAGGUUGGUUUUGACUGCGCUUCCCAGGUACUAAGUCUGAAUUUGACAAAUCUGGUGAUCCUGAUAGUCUUGAAGGCGUUGAUCUUGGCGGCUGGUUUCUUCGGUGCAGGCGCAUGGAAAGGCGGACAUUACUACGGAAGGAGUCUCGAUGAUAACAAGAACGUGACCUACAUAAGUGAAGACGAGAUCCUGCUCUACCUGAGUUACUUGGCUGGUCAGCAGAAGAAAGACUAUGGUUGUUUGUACCUGCUGUCAUGUCAACGACCUCAGCAGGCAAGCAUGUAUUCAUCUGGAGCGGAACUGCUGCUGCAAGGCACCAGGAUGUUGCAAGGAGAUAGUGUAGACCUGGAGCCCUAUGCAGAAAUAGCGAUGGGCAUCAAGCAAGCAGCUGAAUGGGGUGAAGGAGGCAUGAACUGUGAGACUCGGUAUAAGUGUGGAGAGUAAUAAGGCUGGAGAAUGUAAACUAAAUUAUUUAAACAAUGAUGUUAAUCGUAUAUUUAGAGGUAUAAAAUGACCAUGUAAACUUGAAACAGUUAUUGCUAUAGAAAUAACUACCAAUAUUUUUCAAACAUAAUUUAUAAGUGUAAAAAUUAUAUAAGUUAACGUCUUAGGGCAAGACACCAAUGAAAGUUGUAAUUUUAUUAUUGCUAAUAAUUAAGUUAUGUUUUUAUAGUAAAUUUUUCAAUAAUAGUCAAAAUUAAUUAACGGAUUCAAGUAAGGUAAGAUAUAGUCAAUAUUAAUAAAACGAACG